UGAAGGUAAUUCUGAUUCAAAAGACUUCAAUCCCAUGUUUUCCAUGAUCAGCAACAUAGGGGCAAACCUGCUGUCGAAUGGAUUUCCUCAAAUGUCACCCAAAGAAAGAAAUGGAUCUCUUGGUUCUCCCAGUUCACAAAAACCUGAUCUCAUACAUUCCCUCGUGAGUGGCGUCGGUCCGCUGUUGAUGGCAAGUGUCGUUGGAGGUGGAUUAUCUUCGAAAAAUCGAAAUAACGGGUCACCUACUUCUUCAGAAGCCAAAAGCCCUAUGCAAUCCAUUCUUAGUGGACUUGGACCUGCUCUGAUAGGAGGAACUGUACAAAAUCUACUGGGUAAUUCAAACUCUGGGUCAGGUGGUCUUCACUCAGAAAGAAGUCCCGUACAGUCUGUGAUCAGUGGCUUAGCCCCUGUCUUACUUGCUGGGGCCUUAGGUCAAGGUUACAGCGCAGAAGGGAGAUCCAACUCGAAAACAUUCGAGGGUGAUAGUGCAGGUCCUUUGCAGUCUUUAAUGAGCGGACUGGGACCUGCAGUUCUGAAAGCUGUAGGCCAAGGACUAGGUGCUGGAUUCUCAGAGACAGACCCUGCCAAGGGAGCUUCAUCUUUAGGUGGUCUUAUAUCAAAUAUGGCCCCUAUGCUCAUUGGGGGAGGCAUAUCUACGAGAGCUAAGCAGAAAUCAAAUUCCGUGAACAGUUAUUCGAACUCUCCACCCCAUGAAACUGUUAGAGAGAGAAACGUCAGUAAGACAGAUGACCCCACCAGCGUCAACGGAGAUUCCACAGCGCCUCCCCCUGGGGGCACCGCCGUUUCAGGCGAAGCCACGCCCUUGGGGCGAAGCCUCCCUGGCCUCUCGAUGGACGGGAUGCUCAUGAAGUCGGUGGCCAGAGCUGCCUUCGCAAGGCUCCUGCCGGAUCGCAUAUCCGUCCCUGAAGUCAACUCGACGAGGGGUCUCUGGCACAUGGCCGUCAAUCUGGCCCUCGGGAACCCCAGGCAGGAAAGCGGACGAAAAGGGGGAUGGAAAUGGGCGAAAACGGGAAAUGUCUUGCCAAGUCCCACGACUGAAAAUGGACGAAAUAGAUACCAAAACGAGAAGCCGUGGUUCAUACACCUCUCCCAUACUAAAGAUUUUUGGAACUGGCUAAGAGAGUACGGUGGAAUAGAUGGAACCUCGGACGCAGAGACGCCGCCAUCUUGGAUCACGAAAUGUCUGGAAAGUCCAGAACGUCUACAGUAUGCGGAGGAGGUGAAAAAGCUACACUGGACAAUGACCCAACCUCAGCCGCUCUGCCAAAGGCUGGAAAUGAUCGGCGGAGUUUUCAACUGGAAGGUGAACCUGAUGGAGGACGAGAGGGCAGUGUGUCUGGACAACGACGUGGCUCCACAGAAGACCGACUGUCUCGUGUAUAACUUCGGGCGAGUUACCGAGUGGAUCCUCGAGGAAGCCCUCGAGUCAAUAGGAUGCGAGGUGUACGUUUUUGACCCCACUGACGAAAAGGGAAACCACAACCAUACCCGGGGCAUCCACUUCUACAGCGUCGGUCUGUCUGAUGUCAACGCCAUCAGGAAGGUGGAUGGGCAGGUACUGCGUCUGUUUACACUUUCAUCCAUAUUAGAUCAUUUUGGCCACGAAACGACGCCCAUCGCUUACAUGAGAUUGGGUAUAGGGAAGCGACGUGUGGAAGGUUCUUCAGCAAGUAGUAGACGACACUCCUCAGGCGAUACCAACGUGAAGCAGCUCAGCCUUGAGAUCAACCUCGAACUGGCCCUGAGAGACCCAUCUUUGUACAAGAAGUACGUCGACCUUCUUGAGGUCUUGGAGAGUCUGGGCUUCCAGCUCUUCUUCUCGAAGCCAGUCCAGAACCAGGAAAAUGUGUCGUUCCUGGACCCGCUCGUAGGAGAAGAGGUGUCCUUGGGUUACCAGAUGGUUUUCCUAAGGAUCUGAGUAUUGGAGCGAAUGUCUUGAAUAAAAUUGGAAGUAGGAUGAUGAGGAGGCGGAAAAAAACAAGAGGUUGAGCUGAUAAAUGCUUUCUGUUAAUAAUGAAAAAAAUGAUGGAAGCUCAACAGAAUGACCAGAAAUGAAGUCAAAGGAAUACUAUAGGCCAGUAAAUGGGUAUUUUCUCUUGUUAAGAUUAUUAUUUGUUCAAAGGAAAUCCCCCGCACCUUUUGAUUGGAAUCACAAUGACAUAUAAAAGACCAA